GAACACAAAAGUCAGAGAAAUACUGUGGCUGAGUGCACUGUUGGCUGAAUGCACACAGUGCUGCUGUAAGCAAUCCCAGGGCACUUUUCUCCCAUCAGCCAGAAAGGUUAAUCCAUUAGUCAGACAUCAAACCAUCUGCUCAAUCAGUCAGUUAACAAGCAUCGAGGCAGCUAUCUUUUACAGCAGUCUGAUGUAACAGGAUCUGUGUGUGUCAUCGUUCAUGGACCCCUUUUUAAUAGAAACAAGCCUGAUUACAAUUUUAGAGUUUUACAAACUAAAUAGCAAAACCUAUUUAUAUUCAGUGUGCCAUUUUAUACACUAGUGAACAAAUCCUGCACUUCAAAGGUUACGUAUAUAUAAGCUAUAUAAGUAAUUGUUUUCUUUAGGUAUACUUGCAUACAUACUUAUUCCUUCCCUCUCACCCAGCAUAUGCUACAAUCUCCCAGCUGUUCUAGGGGGGAUACUGAAACAUUCCGAAAUCAGCCAAUAGACGUAAUCUCUUCCUGUGUCUGCUGUGGGAUAUCUUCUCAGCUGGAUGUACCCCAAGCACCUCACCUGUGACAGACACCCAAACCAUUCCAGCUGUGCUCCGACCAAAUAAUCAAGCUCCAUAUCUAUACGACUGAGCUCAGCUGUCAGUUCCUUGCUCCAUUCAUCCUUGACUCAUAUAUAAUGAGCUUCUCCACCUGAGGCAGCCACUCGUCCCCACACAGGAGCAGGCAAUCCAUCCUUUUCCUGCUGAGAACCAUCAUUUCAGACUUGGAGAUGCUUAUUUGCAUCCCAGCUGUUUUGCACUUUGUGGCAAGUGGUCAAUCAGGUCAGCAUGACCACCCACAUUCAGUCCCAAGCCCAGCGAGCUUGGCGCUGCAGCUAACUCCACCUAGAAUUUCUAUCCAUAAAUGUUCCCAACACAUCCAGUAAAAAUGGAUGCAACCAAAAUAUGUAAUUUACAAACCAAAUUAUAGAAAUGCCAUAUUGUAGUUUAUUAUUAACAUGGAUAAAUAAGUGUUAAACCAGUCUAUUUUGAAGUGAUGCUCACACAGCUGUAUGUUACCCAAAUGCUUAAAGUUAUAUAUUUCAGAUUUAAGAAAUUGAAAAUGCAAAUCUUAUUGAAGCUGAUAGUGAAAUGUUGGGCUUGGAUGAUUGAGAAGGUGCAGUGAGCCAUGAAAACAGAGCGAGAAGGUGAGAGAAACUGAAACCAAGAGAGAAAGAGGAGAGAAACCCUGGGCAGCUCCACAUCUUGUUAUUUUAACCCAGAUUCAGCACUGAAAUAUGGCCACCAUGUGGACCCUUUCAGAAAGUUUGGAUCUGCUGUCAGUCUAGCCAAUCAGAGCAGAUGCAUUGGUCCAAGAGGAGGGACGGUGGGAGGGUCCUGGAGUCUCGAGCGUGAGGGAGGUUAUUAAAGUGUGUGAGCAGAGGAGAGCAGGGGCACAGAGGCCGCAUUUACAGGAGAGCUGGACUAUCCACAAGCCAAUGGAGACAGGUGUGUUUGAUGUGACGCCAGCGGGCUGGCUCAGGGAACACAACUUCAAUACAAUGUAGACACCAAAAACCAAGCACAAUAAGAGUCUGAAGACCGCACCGACAGGAGGGUGAGCUCAAGGAGGAGGAACCUGCUGUACUGAGACAACACCAGGUUAAGAUAAGGAGUGAGAGAAGUGGAGAGAAAAACAGAGAAGGAGCAGGCUGUGAAUCAUUGACGUGAACCUUUUGUGUACAGCGGUGUCACCUUCUUCUUCCUCUGAAGGGUUUUCACUCGCUCUCACGUCUUCGCUGCAGAAGGAUCACAACCUUUGCUCUCUGUCUUUUGAGGACUUUCUAUCCACAAUCCAGCGUUUCAUCUCUCAGCAAGUAAAGGUCUAAAAUCGCAACAGAGGGAGCCAUCCAGCCACCGUCAGCAUGUGCCAUGUUAUUGUCACCUGUCGCUCCAUGCUGUGGACUCUGCUGAGUAUUGUUGCCGCGUUCGGAGAACUCAUCGCCUUCAUGAGCACCGACUGGCUCGUUGGAUUCCCCCGUGCAUCCGAUGCAGUUUUCGGCCCCCAUGGGGCCACCACAGCCGGAGAGGCUUACAGGCCCACUUUAGGCAUCUAUGGUCGCUGUAUAAAACUGCCUCAACUGCGGGGAAUACUGUGCGGACCGUACGCAGUCCACUUUGGAGAGAUUGCCAGCGGGUUCUGGCAGGCUACUUCUAUCUUCCUGGCUGCAGGGAUCCUGUUGCUGUGUGCCGUGGCAUUCAUUUCCGUCUUCACCAUGUGCUUUCAAAGCAUCAUGAAGAAGAGCAUCUUUAAUGUGUGCGGACUGCUGCAGGGAAUUGCAGGUCUGUUCCUGAUCCUAGGUCUGAUGCUGUACCCUGCUGGCUGGGGUUCAGACAAGGUCCAGCUGUACUGCGGACCAGACGCGGCGCCGUACCGCGCCGGUCUCUGCUCCAUGGGCUGGGCCUUUUACACCGCCAUGGGUGGCACUGUGCUCACCUUUGUCUGCGCUGUCUUCUCUGCUCAGGCUGAGAUCGCCACCUCCAGCGAUAAGGUUCAGGAGGAGAUCGAGGAGGGCAAGAGCCUGAUCUGCCUCCUGUGAAGCUCAGAUAACACUUAUUGUGCAGGUGGGGGGAGAGAAGAAGGAUGAGGCAGAGAUGUGCCACUUAUGAUCUGGCCCUCUUCUGCCUAUUCAAAAAUAAAAAAGCUGGCCUGUGAAAUUGAGGGCCCAUUCAUUGUUUACCACUAAUACUGACUCUUAUUUUGUCUCAGUUUUCUGUUUGAAGUGGGAGAAACUUAUAAGUGCCAAGUUUGUUUGUUUUAUUUCUAAGUUUCUGUCUUUGUCUUUCUGCCACUAGAGGUGCUGUGUCUGUUAUUGUAUUCAUUAUAAGCAUGUGGAUGCCCUGCGAGGCAUUGUCUGUUACCACAUGUUCUGUAAAUAAGCGUGAUUAUAUAUAUUUUGUACAUAGUUAUGAUCGCAGAAUGAUGGUCAGCUGGAUCCAGGCUGGGCUGAUGAUGUCACUCUUGCCUUAAAAAAAAAAAACUAUGAAAAAAAAACUUAAAAAAAAUAAACCUGGAUCUGUUAACUGUCAACAAGGGAACCACUAGUCAGUCAGAAUAAACUGCUCAUAAAAAUAAAUGGCCUUUAGCUCAGAGUGGAUGUUCUUUAGAGCUUACAGAAUGUACUAUUUGAUUAAUUAAUGUGUUUGUAGACGCUUGAAAUGUAUCGGUGGAAACGAUUCUUCACAUGGACUGCACAAGGACGAGCAAAGGAGGCUCUUCGGUGCAUUUUGUUUGUCAAAUCCUAACAUGAAGUGGGCUUAAUCCUAACCAGUUGACCUGUGAAGUGUCUGGUGCUCCUCAGCAGACAUCCUGUAAUCUGUGCACAUGGACUGAAUGAUGAGGACACAUAAAUAAAUGAAGUAUUGCUGUUGUUAAGUAACGUCUGGUUCAGGGAGUGUGUCGAGUCAUACAGAGUGUCCUAUCUAUUCCCAUUUGUUUCUGCCAAACAAAUAAAAAGAAGGAGGGGGGAAAAAAUAA